UAUCACCGAGAUGUUACGCAUGACGGCCGUGCGGUCCUUGGGCGGUCCUCUUCUCUAUGAACUGAUUGAGAAAGGGAAGGAGAUGCUGACAUCCAGUAAUAUUCCUCGUGGUCACUGUGUUAUCUGCCUAUAUGGCUUUCAGGAAGGUGAUUCCCUUACCAAGACGCCGUGUUUUCAUCACUUUCACUCUCACUGCCUGGGACGGUAUACUAAGCACUGCCUGGAGCAGAAACCAGAAGAGGAUCUCUCCGUUUUCUGUCCUGUUUGUCGUGAAAGAUUGGUGUGUGAGUUUACCAAACUGCAAGAUGCCCCGCCCCCUCAGCAGCCGGAGGAGCGGUAUGUUCCGGACACAUGUGCCGUGCAGCGAGAGAAGAGUCUGCGGCGGAUCUAUGAGCGUCAGUUGGCGAAUGGCGGAAUCAUCGACGUCGAGGCCGAAAGAAAUCGUUUCUUUAUCAGUAUCCAGGAGGCCCCGGCCUCUGAUCAUGCCGUCUUUGUGCCAGAGGAAGUGGAAGAGUCUGCAGAACCGGCCGGCCCCGUGUCAUGCGAAGAUCAUACCACCAAGCAGCAGGUUGUCAUUGGUUCUCACACUGAGGGACACAGAACCAAAGUCCAGUCGUGGCAGGCCGAGAAUGGACACCCGGAGAGUAUGGAGGGAUGA